AUGGCGGUUCGGGUGAUGUUGACGGAGAUGGUGACUAUGCAAGGCGAGCGCCAUAUGCCUAACGAGCGUCUGCAUUCUGACAGAGUUCCUGCCAGGUAUUCGAUGGGUGGCACCCGCACCGCCACGACGACCUACGGGGCUUCUGCAACGUUCAGCUUCAACGGCACAGGGGUGACCCUCUUCAGUGCCAAACGACCGAAUCACGGAUUCUUCAACAUCAGUCUGGAUGGGACAUUCAUUAGUACCAACAAUGGUUCAUCUGGUGCUCUUGAGGGCAUUUGGGGUCCUCUGUAUUCAUCCGGCCCACUCGAUGACGGACUACACACUGUUGUAGUGAUCGGGUUUAAUACGAGCGUUACAACGGAUACCCAGCUUGUGCAAGAUACGCAUCCGUCUUUUUCCUAUCAGGGCUCUAACUGGUCCGACACAGUGGCGAAUGCGUCGCAGUAUAAUGGGACUAACGGCCAUAUAACCUGUGCCAAGGGCGACUCUGUUACGUACACCUUUCAAGGUAAGGUUGAGUAUCAACGUCUACGUUGGAAGUCCGACGCACGUCUUGUAGGGGACUCCGUGCAAAUUUAUGGGGCUCUAGGUCCCGAGAUGGGCUCAUACAUGGUGUCGCUCGAUGGUGUCGUGUCCGCCCUGUAUGAUGCAGAGCAAGCGGAGUUCUAUGCGAACACCAUGCUUUAUGCUGCAAGCGCACUGCCAUCAAGUCGACACGACGUGACACUCACCAACGUAGGCGAUAGUCUAAACACAAGUUGUCUGAGCAUUGACUACGCAAUCGCCGGCCUGGCGGAGGGGGUAUCGUCUACAUCCGAGUCGGCCACGGACAGCCCUGCUAACACGGAGACAGGCUCUCCUUCAGCAGCACCGGACUCCGUUACUCAUACUCCUUCUACACCAGCCAUCGUGGGUGCCUGCGUCGGUGCUGCUAUUUUCGCGGGAUCGACCUUCGCGGCUCUAUGGUUCUUCUUCCGUCGCCGACGAGCGUCGAGGAAAACCGCCAUGGUGGCAGAUAACCCCCCGGAGUUUACCUUCCGACCCACGUGGAGCUCACCUUCGUCGCUCCAAACCCUCAUCACGGGGGCCCCAUGA